AGCUGAUAAAGACAAGGGGCAAUCCGAAGAGUUGCAGUAGUACAGUGAGAGAGAGAGAGAGAGAGAGAGAGUGUGUGUAAUGUCACCUUCUUCGCUAGGGUUUUAGGCUUUUGAAACAAGGACACACUCCUUUUACGGUGAGAGAUUCGUGGGAGCUUUUUCCUGUUUAAUGGCGGAGAUGGAGGAGUUAGCCCGUUGGAUUCCGAGAUAGAGCUUGCCAUUCUCUAUAUCCACCCAACAAGCCCAUGGCUCAAACAGCACUUUGCAAGCAGGAACAGCAGUUUGAGGAUGAGAAGCCCCCUCCUUUGAACAAGAAGAUGAAAGACUUUCCCCCCCAAUCUCCUACCUGCUUGGACUUGAAUCCUCAAUCUCUGAAGCGUGCUCGGCAUUCCUGUAAGGCAGAGUCAGCAGACCCUGUCCAAACUCCUCUCGAGAAUCCACCAGUCAAGGUUUUUAUGAAGGAACCCACGGCUAGCCCAGCUCCAGCUCCCAUUAGCCCUUCUACAGACCCUCCAAAGUCCAGAAGCUUAAGAUUGACGGCCAAAAAGGAUGUCAACCCCGUCUGUUUCUCUUCUGUUGUAAAGGCCUCAGUUCCAUAUUCUUGCCCCCAAAAUGUUAACAAGUCUAUCCAGACUAAAGUUCCACUGGUCUGUACAAACUCUCCCAUUGGGCCCGGGCAAGAGCCUUUUAAGCCAAGCCCUCCUCUGGAAGCCACUGUAGACACCAAACAAGAAGAUCUAGACUCUUUUUUUCUCUCUCUUGUAAAGAAGUCUCGCUUAGCUCCUUCUGAGGCCUCAGGCAAUGCCACUACACCUGCCAUCGACCCUCCACCUACAACUAAGGAGAUUGAACUAGCGAAGAACACCUUCAGAUGCCUCCUGCGUCUCUCAUUCCGAGAUAUCCUUUGCAAGUCAGAGACCUUUGCUGAGACAAUCAACACCCUUGUCAGGUACCAAGCCUUGGGCCAUGAUCUUUACCAAGCCUUGCAGCUGUUCAAGGACGCCUUCCCCAGUCUCAGCCAGACUUAUGAUUCGACUAGGCAAAGAAAGUUUAAGGUCGAUAACCGACUGCGGCAAGCUGAUAUUCAUACUGCCAAACUUAACCAAGGGAUAGUAUGCUACCAAAAACUGAAGACUGAUGAAGAGGAUGCUCAGGCAAAGAAGAAAGCUGUCAAGGAUCAGAUUUCUAUGCUUCAACUUAGGCUUUCUCAACUUGAUGACAAGCUGACUGAUCUCUCCUCAGAAAAGGAAGUCCUCUACCAGAUUAUGAAAGACGAACGCAUUGCAUAUGAGAAGCUGGAAGGAGAGCUGCCGUCGUUAUAUUGCACUAAGAGUAAGCUAGAGGCUGAGCUGGCUGACACCGAGAAGGUGUGGGUGAACUUUAGGUCUAGAUUUGGCAGCCUGUAACAGAACCUAUGGAUAUGUAAAGUAGAAGCUUUUGUUGGCAGACUCUAGAGAGUCACCAAGUGUCGUAUCUAACACAUUAGAAUUAUGCCCAGUGUAAUUACAAGAAUGUAAGAAACAUCUCUCUUAGCCUUUUA